UAAUCAGGAAUAUGUUUAACCUACAAACUCAUGAUUCAUGUAGCUGUUGAUAGUAACGAAAAAAUCAGCUGUUGUUUCUAAUGGCUGUAAAUAUUGACAAAUCAUUUUAAAAAAAGCAGCAUGACAAAUAAGAAUUAAAAAUGGUGGCUGGUCCUACAGAACACGGCAUACAGGCAGAUGUAAUAUUUGUCAUUGAAGGUACAGCUGUUAAUGGAGCCUAUCUCAAUGACCUUAGAACAAAUUAUCUUCUUCCAACACUUGAGUACUUCAAUCAAGGUCCUAUUGAAGAUAGGGAAUAUGUUUCUGAGAAUAGCGCAACAUUAUAUGGUAUAGUGGUUUACCAUGCUGCUGACUGUUUGCCAGCGCCAUGUACGGAGACGUUUGGGCCAUAUGCUAAUCCUCACAAAUUACUGCUCGUUCUGGACAAAUUAGACAUGGUUGGCGGAAAGGGAGAAUCUUAUGCAAAUAUUGGAGAGGGUCUGGCUACUGGAUUGCAAUGUUUUGAAGAUCUGCAAUUACGACGUGAACCAAACACGGCGUCACAGAAGCAUUGUAUUUUGAUUUGUAAUUCUCCUCCGUAUCAGACAGUUAUACAAGAAUCAUAUAAAUUCGCCGGUCAUACUAUCGAGCAGUUGGCUGCAUUGUAUCAAGAGAGAAACAUUAAUCUAUCGAUAUUGUCACCUAGAAAGAUACCUGCAAUGUACAAGCUGUUUGAAAAAGCUGGAGGUGAUCUGCAAUCGUCCCAGACUAAAAAUUAUGCUAAAGAUCCGCGACAUUUGGUACUACUGCGCAAUUACAACUUAAAGGAAAGACCCGUCAGUCCUCCAAUCGGUGGAUCUGUACACACUACUCCGGGUACUGCCGCACAAAUUCCAUUGAGUCCACUGCAAAGCAACGAUAGUCCGAACACGAACCAAGUUCAACAGAAUAUCGCUCAACCAUCCCAACCACAAGGUCCUCCAUUCAGGAACCAAACACCUCAGAAUAUUACCUCGGUUCAUCAGACGGUGGUACCAAUCGCGGCUGCUAUGAAUGCUGGACGACCUCCCUACAAUCCUCAAAUAUCCGCUCCGCCGACGUAUCACCCGACAAGUGUAGCAGCAAGAGCAGGUCAUACCAGAUGGAGACCGUUCGUAACACCAGGAAAUACUGGGCCAGGGAAUGCGCAGAGUAGUGCUUUGAUAGCGCAAUUAAAUCAGCCUCCUUCUUUGGGACUUAACGUAACACCAUUUGGGCAGAGAAUGGAUGUGGCUAACAGUAAUGUCAUGGCUGCCAAUGCGCAACAACAACAGCAGCAACAGCAACAACAACAGCAACAGCAGCAAAUGACUCAGCAACAACAAGUGAGAUUCACGAUGCAAUUACAACAACAGCAACAGCAACAACAACAGCAAAAUGUUCAGCAACAAGCUUCGAUACCCAUGGCACCUCAGUCAAAUCAUGGACAAGGUGCACCACAACUUACUGUGUCAUGCGUUAGUCAGUCUGUACCCACUCAAGUCCCACAAACAGUUACUGCUUCCCAGACACAGGCAUCAGUGUCAUCAGUCAGUCAACAGCAGCAGGGUAAUAUGAGUGCUGGACCUGUAGCUGGUCCACAAAUUACUGCCUCAAGGGAAAGGCAUACAAUAUGGCAGGGUAUCAUUGAGUGGGUCGAGAAAGCUAAAGCACCGGCAGACACACAGAAACAGACAAGACAUCUUCCUUGUCAAGUUUCCGCGAACUCUAAAGAUGGUGAUCCAGAAUUAAAAGCCGACACUUGGCCACAAAAGUUGCUUAUGCAAUUGAUGCCCAAGCACUUGAUUGGCAACAUUGGUGGAUCUUAUUUGAAAAAUUCUAAAUCUGUCCUGUUCCACCCAACACCUUGCGAGGCACUGGAUUCGUUGACUAAAGUUCUGAGCUCCGGAUUUGCAGGCUGUGUUCACUUUACCUUUUUGCCGUCAACAGCGACCUGCGACAUAAAAGUACUUAUUCUCCUGUACACGGCUGAGAAAAGAACUUAUCUAGGUUUCAUUCCAAACGAUCAGUCGGGUUUCGUGGACCGUCUACGGAAAGUAAUUCAGCAACAGAAAACAUCUCACGCUUCUAUGAGACAGGUUCAAGCUGGACCUGCACAAGGGAAUCCGAUAACUGGAUCGAUGGCCAGCACAGGUACAUCGCAAGGCGGUAUUCUUAUGUCUCAAACGAAUACGAUGACAAUGGGAGGUGGUCAAAUAACACAAAAUGUAGUUCCCACAAACGCACCGCAACAAACAUUAACUUCAUCUGCUGGACCACAAAAUCAAAUGAAUAUGCAGCCUGGCGCAAUUAAUGGCCCCCAAGUUGCUCCAACCUCCGGCACGAUGAUAGGUCAACAGAGACCACCGUUCGAUGAUAUAGAAAUAGCUAGGCAUCAAAACCUAUUAAAAAUCCAACAGUUACGGCAAACAUUAGAAGCCGCGCAGCAACAAGAAGCGCAAUAUAAGUCGCAAUUGGAAGUAAAUAUACAACAAAAUUUAGAAGUAGCGCAACAACAAGAAAUGCAAUACAAGCAACAGAUGGAGGCUCAGCAAGCACAGAGAGCUUUAAAUCCUGCUGGCAUGAGUAAUCAACAGGCGAACCCACCGAGACUAAUGCGACCUGUUUCAAAUCUGGGUCUCAGGCAUUUAUUACAACAACCACAACCACCAUAUAGGCAACAAGUACUUGCAAUACAGCAACAAAUAGUUGGAGCCAGGGGCCAAAUGCCGACAAGACCAAUGGCUCCUGGUAAUCCACAAAAUCAGCAGUUCGAGGAUGUCCCCAAUUAUGAUUUCCUUGGAUAGACAAUUUAAAUAGGAAAUAUCUUUUUUAACAGGUUACUAUUUAGGCUAUAAAUUAUUCGCCAGUACGUACGAGUGGUUUUGAUACUUUUUACAUACAUUAUGACCUUCAGAAUACUCGUACGUGCAAAAAAUUUAUGUGUUAAGACUGCAAAGUGUAUAUUUCAUCUUACGAUGAAUGGAGAAGAGUAAUAUGUUCAUAAUUGUAGAAUAAAUAAAAGUUUAA